AUGCCAGAACUCUCCCUGUACUGGGACGCAGACGACGAUGUCGAAGGCAUCCGUCGAUAUACCACAGGAGGCUUCCACCCCGUUCGCCUCGGCGAUGUAGUGUCGUCUCGUGGUACAAGCACUGCUGCCAUUGCAGACUCUCCUUCACGGCAAUAUCGAAUCUUGCACAAGCUUGGCCACGGCGCUUUCGCAACAGUAUGGUUGGCUGACGCUCUCCACGAGCCCUCCCAGCGUUAUGUCGCCCUGAAGAUCUGCGCCGCUGAUGCGGAUUCGGGGCAUGAGCUUGACAUCUUCAGCCGGCUCUCGCACCACGAAUCGAAAGCGCCCAAUGUGGUGCAGCUGUGCGACAGCUUUUCUAUCCAGGGGCCGAACGGCUUGCACGCGGUUCUCGUUCAGGACGUGCUAGGGAGCCUACUCAGUGUCGUACGCUCACUUAGCGGGCCCAAGCAUGCAAGAUCGCUAUGCCGCCAGAUCGCAUUCGGUCAACCCCCCUCGACACGAGCGAGCGACAUCUGGUCGCUUGCAUGCACGAUUUACGAGCUGGUCUUCGGAGCAAGGCUGUUUCACUUUGCGGCCCAAAAUGACGCGCUCUUGGGUGCAAUGGCGACGCUGUGCGGUGAGGUGCCCCGGGAGUGGAGGAGUUAUUGGGACUCCCGAGAGCGGCUGCGCAAUAUGUCUGUCUCGCACGAAACCGCUGAUGCUGAAUGGCAACGGCGGUUGGAGCACUUGACGACAAUACCUGGAACGACACUAACGGAGGCCGAGGUUGACGAAAUAUUUGCCCUACUGCGUUCUAUGCUCAAGAUCGAUCCAGAGUGUCGAGCGAGCGCCGAAGACGUGUUGAGCCAUCCAUGGUUUACUUGUGAUCAUGAUAGCGGGACAUCGGGGUAG